UUGAAAGAAACUUUUGUAGUAGAAAUUAUGAUUCGGCGUAAUCUGAUUACAUUAGUAUGGAUUAUUGGAUUGUUUCUCGAUUCGCAUAUCCAAUUUCUCGCUGCUACCGAUGUCAUCAACUCGGAGUUGAUCCUUCUGAAUGUGGAGAAACAUAUCGAUUUGCAAUCUCAACUAACAAAAGUUACAACUAGGCUCGUAUUGGAAAAUGGAAGUAAAUCUCAAAGUAUACAUAAUUUCCUCUUUGCACUGGAACCUGAACAAAAAAAUAGUCUCAGCUAUAUAACCGCAUACAGAGAACCCGUGCGGGUUGAAUUGAAACUGGCAGAAACUGAGGUAAAUGCGCAUUCAGAUAAAACCUUUUACAGAAUAGAAUUAAAGGAACCACUUAAUCCUCGUAGAACUAUGUCUGUUGAAAUUGAAAUGAUAUUGAGUCAUGAGCUUCUACCUCAUCCUAAAGAGAUCACACAAAAAGAAAAACAGUUGGUAAAAUAUACAGGAAAUAUAUAUCUUUAUACACCAUACAACAUAAUAAAGCAAACAACAACAGUAUCUCUACCAUCACGUAAUGUUGAAAGUUAUACUAAAUUCAAACCAGUUUCACAAAGUGAUUCAAUAAUCACAUAUGGGCCAUAUGAAAAACUGUCUUCUUUCUCAUAUGAGGAAUUGAAUAUACACUUCGAAAACAAUAAUAAAUUUCUCACUGUUACCAGACUUGAGAGGAGCAUUGAAAUUUCUCAUUGGGGAAAUAUUGCAGUGGAAGAACACAUUGAUUUACUGCAUACUGGAGCACUAUUGAAAGGUUCAUUUUCCCGUUAUGAAUAUGCUAGAGAGUCAAAGUCAGGGCAGGCCAGUAUUCAGAGCUUUGAUACUAUAUUACCUGCAGCUGCAUCCGACAUUUAUUAUAGAGAUGAAAUUGGAAAUAUUUCAACGUCGCAUACUCGUAUUAAGAAAGAUUCUGUGGAGUUGAAUCUUCGCCCACGAUUUCCACUCUUUGGUGGUUGGAAAACCCGGUACAUAAUUGGUUAUAAUGUACCUAGUUAUGAGUAUUUGUUUCAUUCUGGAGAUCAUUAUACUUUGGAGAUGAGACUCUUGGAUCAUGUUUUUGAUGAUAUGGUAGUAGAUGAAUUAGUUUUGAAAAUCAUACUGCCAGAGGGUUCAAAGAUUAUUGAAUUGAGUCUUCCAUAUCCAGCGACACCUUUACCACAGUCUCGUCAUUACACAUAUUUGGAUACUACUGGUCGUCCAGUAAUUCCUGUUACUAAGAAAAAUUUAGUUGAGAAUCACAUUCAAAAUUUCAAAUUAAAAUAUACAUUUCCACGUAUACGAAUGUUACAAGAGCCAUUGUUGGUGGCUGCAGCAUUGUACUUACUCUUCUUAUUAGUAAUUACUUAUGUAAGACUUGACUUCUCAAUAGACAAAGAUGAGAUUUCAGAGAGUAAGUUAAGAAUUGCUGGGCAAUGUGAAAAGAUUUUAUCUGCCCAAGAUCGACGAGUAACAUCUUACAAUGACUUAGACGAUCAGUUGGCAUAUCUCAAAACGAACAAGGAUGCUAAUGCAUUUUUGGUUGUUGUUAAAGGUAUUAAUCAAGAAUACAAGAGCGCGACAAACGCUAUUACAGAAAUCGCGCAACGAUUAAAAGGAGAAUCUGGAGAUGUUUAUGAUCGUGUUCAAGAAUUACAGAAACAUGACAGAACAUUAAAAGAACUGUACAAUCAACAGCAGGCACUUUAUGUCGAUAAAUUAGUACCAGGGAAAAUAGGACGUCAACAAUUUGUAGAAGCAGAAGCAAUUAUUGCAAAGAAGAAAGAGGAAUGCAUCGAGAAAAUAAAUUCUAUUGUGAAAACUUUACAGUAAUACAAUCUUUGUGAAGUCUGGUAACUUUAUGAAAAUAGUUUAAGCCAUUAACUAAAGACUUUUCCACAAUAAGUUAAAA